AUGGAAGGAGAAUCGACAAGCUUCUCCAUAGUCACCGUAGAUGAAAGCACGAAGUACGGAUUCGAGUGGCCGGAGAUGCACCAAAGCAACCGCACGAGCACCGUUGACCCCUACCAUAGCCAUCUGUUCCCUUACUACAAGUCUCACGAGUUAUGGCCUUCUCGCCUUGAGAAUUCUGACUCUAAUCAGCUUCCCAAGCUCCUCUCCUCCGCUCUUCAUUCACCAGAUGCUUCUUUCAAUUCUGAAAUUCCAGUGCUUAUGCCUCAAGCCACGACGAGGAUGAUGCACCUGGUGAGAGCCGCCGUUGUAGCCCUUAAAGUAGGUGGCUGCAAUAACGGGAACGUGCCCCACCGACGCUCGCUGUCGCUGCAACUUUCUUCCGCAACUGCUGAGCAUCAUACGGCGAUAUAG